UGGAACAGAGUUUCAUCACCAUUUCUGAUUUUCUGAUAAAUCUUUCCUUCAACCUUUCUUUCUCUGGUUUCAAGUAUACAGAUUCGGAUACAUCAAUUUUUAUUCUAACUAUUCAGAACAGAAGAAAUGUCUGAACACUAAAUGUUGUUAUUGGAGGAGACAAACAAGCCAAUAAAAAAGUCAACGAGAUAUAUCUGACUUUGGUGGGCAUGGAGUAGAGUAAGCAGACAGCAAAAUGCAAGAGACUGUGUUCCUCUUCACUGAAGAGAAUCUGAACAAAGGGCAAUCCUCAGGGGGCAAAUGUAAACAAAGCUCUCGACGUGUUGUCCCCAUGACAAGUUGUGAGGUGAGUGAUUCGGCUGCGGAGAUUAGAAUAGUAGAAAAGGUGCUAAAGAACGGCGACCUUUACAAUGGAGGCUUAUCUGCCGGUGUUCCGCAUGGGACAGGGAAGUAUCUGUGGUCGGACGGUUGUAUGUACGAAGGGGAGUGGACACGUGGCAAAGCAAGCGGUAAAGGACGUUUUUCGUGGCCAUCGGGAGCGACCUAUGAGGGUCAGUUCAAGGACGGUCGAAUGGAUGGAGAAGGAACGUUCAUUGGAAUCGACGGUGACACUUAUAGAGGGCAUUGGCUGUGGGGAAGAAAGCAUGGCUACGGAGAGAAGCGUUAUGCAAACGGCGACGUUUACCAAGGAAACUGGAAGGCCAACCUACAAGAUGGCAACGGACGUUACGUGUGGAGCGAUGGGAAUGAGUAUGUAGGAGAGUGGAAGAAUGGUGUUAUCUCUGGGAAAGGAGCCAUGACUUGGGCUAAUGGAAACCGUUAUGAUGGGCUAUGGGAAAAUGGAGCCCCGGUUGGGAAAGGGGUGUUGAGUUGGGGUGAGGAGAAGACUAGUAAUAGUGGAUGGGGGAGAAAGAGCAAGAAGAAAGAUGAUGAGAUUAUUGUUCAACAACAUCAUAAGCUCUCUUCUGUGGAAGCUUUGUCAAUGAAUACCAAUUUCCCGAGGAUUUGUAUAUCGGAGUUGGAGGAUACUAGCUUGUCUGAUCAUGUUGAGGCGAGUCCAUAUACGAGCGAGUCAGAUACAAGCGGAUGCGGAGAGCAUGAAUGGGCAAGAAGUCCUUUGCUUUUAGAGAGUGGUGGUGCCAUGAGUUUGCAACAAAGUCCAAGAUGGUUGGAUGAAGGAGAUUGUAAGAAACCAGGGCAUACGGUUACAGCCGGACAUAAGAACUAUGAUUUAAUGUUAAAUCUACAACUUGGGAUUAGGUACUCUGUCGGGAAACAUGCUUCCCUUUUGAGGGAGCUUAGGCAUUGUGAUUUUGAUCCCAAGGAUAAGCAAUGGACCAGGUUUCCCCCGGAAGGCUCUAAAUCUACGCCUCCCCAUCUAUCCGUUGAGUUCAAAUGGAAGGAUUAUUGCCCUAUUGUGUUUAGGCAUUUGAGAGACUUAUUUGCGAUAGAUCAAGCAGACUACAUGCUCGCUAUUUGCGGAAAUGAAUCUCUUCGAGAAUUUUCUUCGCCUGGAAAGAGUGGUAGCUCCUUUUACUUGACUCAAGAUGAACGCUUCAUGAUCAAAACCAUGAAAAAAUCCGAAAUUAAGGUAUUGCUUAAGAUGCUUCCAAAUUAUUACGAGCAUGUUUCCAAGUACAAGAACUCUUUGGUCACUAAGUUCUUUGGUGUGCAUUGCGUCAAACCAGUAGGAGGACAAAAGACUCGGUUCAUAGUGAUGGGGAAUCUGUUUUGUUCGGAGUAUCGUAUACACAAACGAUUUGACUUGAAAGGUUCGUCACACGGCCGUACUAUUGACAAGGAUGAAGGUGAAAUCGACGAGACCACAACACUCAAAGACUUAGAUCUCAAGUAUGUGUUUCGACUCGAGACGUCAUGGUUUCAAGCCUUCAUCAACCAAAUCGAUAUCGACUGUGAGUUCCUUGAAGCUGAAAGAAUUAUGGACUAUAGCCUCUUGAUUGGUCUCCAUUUCCGUGAAUCUGGCUUGCGUGAUGACAUUUCCUUGGGCAUCGGUCGAAGAGAUCAGGAGGACAAAUUGAUGAGAGGGUAUAAUUCACUUCCAAAUAUGGACUCUGUCAUCCAAACUUGUAACGGACCCUUAAUGAGACUAGGAGAAAGUACACCGGCAAAAGCAGAGCAGGUGAGAAAAUUUGGGGAAGAGUCAUGGGAAGAAGACGACAUUGACAACUCAAAUCCUAAGAGUACGAAGAAAGAGGUCAUUGAGGUGAUCCUUUAUUUCGGUGUUAUUGACAUUCUUCAAGACUAUGAUAUCACCAAAAAACUAGAGCACGCCUACAAGUCACUCCACGCAGAUCCCACUUCCAUUUCAGCUGUUGAUCCUAAGCUUUAUUCCCGAAGGUUUAGAGACUUCAUAAACAAAAUAUUCAUUGAAGACAAAUGAAAAUGGAACUAACAAUGCAACACCUACACAAGUUCAAAGAAGAAGAAUUUUAUUGUACAUCAGAAUCUAAGGCAUGGGUUUGGCAUUUAAUUUUUUGGGUUUUGAAUGUCAAAUUAAAACCUAGAGGCCCCUAAAUACGAUUAGAUCGCACGGCACCCCGCAAUGUUGCUCGAAUCCAAGAUGUUGAAGAGGUUGCCGGCUGUUUUGAGAUGAAUUUUUGGGGUUUACUCAUUUUGUAAAGAGGAAGAGAGUUUUGGUGCUUCCUCGAAAGCUAGUGUAGAGAUAUUAGGACAAUGCUUCUUGAUUUUAUUGUUAUAUGGUGAGCCGAGCUGACAAAAUCUACAUGGACAAAGAGUAAAUGUUUUUUGCAUUUUGUUUUUGCCUCUGACUCAUUACUGUUAAUCUUUAUCUUUA